GCCCGUGGUCCGGCCUGGUGCCUCGGUGCCCGUGAUUACUCGGUGCCUGCUGUCCUGCCAGAUGACUCGGUGCCCGCUGUCGAGCUUGGUGACCCGGUGCCCGCGGUUCUGCUAGAUGGCUCGGGGCCCGCUGACUUGCCAGAUGACUCGGUGCCCGCUGUCGAACUUGGUGACUCGGUGCCCGCUGUCGUGCCAGAUGACUCGGUGCCUGCUGUCGAGCUUGGUGACUUGGUGCCCGCUGUCCUGCCAGAUGACUCGGUGCCCGCUGUCCUGCCAGAUGACUCUGUGCCCGCUGUCGAGCUUGGUGACCUGGUGCCCGCGGUUCUGCUAGAUGGCUCGGUGCCCAUGUCGUGCCAGAUGACUCGGUGCCCGCUGUCGAGCUUGGUGACUCGAUGCCCGCUGUCCUGCCAGAUGACUCGGUGAACGCUUUCGAGUUUGGUGACCCGGUGCCCGUGGUUCUGCUAGAUGGCUCGGUGCCCGCUGACGUGCCAGAUGACUUGGUGUCCGCUGUCGUGCCAGAUGACUCGGUGCUCGCUGUCGAGCUUGGUGACUCGGUGCCCGCUGUCGAGCUUGGUGACUCGGUGCCCGCUGUCGAGCCAGAUGACUCGGUGCCCGCUGUCGUGCCAGAUGAUUCGGUGCCCGCUGUCGUGCCAGAUGACUCGGUGCCUGCUGUCGUACCAGAUGACUCGGUGCCCGCUG